AGUGACGCGAAGACGGCGGGCAGGUGGAGAAGGAAUCGCCGGGAGGGGCGGGGCGGGAGCCGGGUUUCCCGCGGUCCCAGCUGACGCGGGAGGAGAACAGCCAUGAUUUCUCAGUUCUUCAUCUUGUCCUCCAAGGGAGACCCACUCAUCUACAAAGACUUCCGUGGGGACAGUGGUGGCCGGGAUGUGGCCGAGCUCUUCUACCGGAAGCUGACGGGACUGCCCGGAGACGAGUCCCCGGUUGUCAUGUACCAUGAGGACCGUCAUUUCAUCCACAUCAGACAUAGCGGUCUCUAUUUAGUUGCCACGACUUCAGAAAACGUUUCUCCCUUCAGCCUCCUAGAGCUGCUCUCCAGGUUAGCUACCCUCCUGGGCGACUACUGUGGCUCCCUCAGUGAAGGGACCAUCUCCCGAAACGUGGCUCUUGUCUAUGAACUCCUCGAUGAAGUACUGGACUAUGGCUACGUACAGACCACAUCCACAGAGAUGCUAAGAAACUUCAUCCAGACGGAAGCUGUGGUCAGCAAGCCCUUCAGCCUCUUUGAUCUCAGCAGUGUUGGCUUGUUUGGGGCAGAGACACAACAGAGCAAAGUGGCCCCCAGCAGCGCGGCCAGCCGCCCAGUCCUUUCCAGUCGCUCUGACCAGAGCCAAAAGAAUGAAGUUUUUUUGGAUGUAGUGGAGAGAUUGUCAGUACUGAUAGCAUCGAAUGGAUCACCACUGAAGGUGGAUGUGCAAGGAGAGCUCCGGCUCAAGAGCUUCCUUCCCAGUGGCUCUGAGAUGCGCAUCGGCUUGACAGAAGAAUUCUGUGUGGGAAAAUCAGAACUGAGAGGUUAUGGGCCAGGAAUUCGGGUUGAUGAAGUCUCAUUUCACAGCUCAGUAAACCUGGACGAGUUUGAGUCUCAUCGGAUCCUCCGCUUGCAGCCACCCCAGGGCGAGCUGACUGUGAUGCGGUACCAGCUCUCUGAUGACCUCCCCUCCCCGCUCCCUUUCCGGCUCUUUCCCUCUGUGCAGUGGGACCAAGGCUCAGGCCGGCUCCAGAUUUACCUGAAGUUACGGUGUGACCUGCCCCCAAAGAGCCAAGCUGUCAACAUCAGACUGCACCUUCCACUGCCACGAGGGGUGGUCAGCCUGUCUCAGGAGCUCAGCAGCCCAGAGCAGAAGGCAGAGCUGGGGGAGGGAGCUCUUCACUGGGACCUACCCCGGAUACAAGGAGGCUCUCAACUCUCAGGCCUUUUCCAGAUGGACGUUCCCAGCUCACUGGGAGCCUCUGGCCAUGGGCCUUCCACCUCAUCCCCUCCACUGGGGCUGGGCCCCGCAAGCCUGUCCUUCGAACUCCCCCGGCACACGUGUUCUGGCCUCCAGGUUCGCUUCCUCAGGCUGACCUUCAGGCCCAGUGGCAACGCCAACCCCCACAAGUGGGUACGCCACCUAAGCCACAGCGAUGCCUAUGUCAUUCGGAUCUGAGGCUCCCCACACAGGGCGUGAAAGCGAAGGCAGCAGGCAGACAAAUGAGAAGAGUUCAGUGUUUUCUUUCUUGGAGUCCUGGCUUGCUGCUCAGGGUGUGAGUAGGAGAGUCCUGAGAAGCCAGUCCAGGGACUUGCCCCUUCGAUGGUAUCUCACACUGGAAGGCUCAGAACUUACAAACUGACUUUUAUUCUGAGGAAGUGACUGUACAGUAUCUAAAAAGAAAGUCAUGUGGGGUAAA